AUGUGCGAUUACACCCAAGUACAUUAUAAGUGCUCUCACCUUCGCUAUACCGUCCGCGCUUGGUGUACCAAAUAUCAAGAGACGCAGAGAAGAUGUCAACCCAACGUUGUGGCAGUUGAAUAUAGACUCGACGAGAAUUGCGGUUCGUUUGCUCGACUUCCCCAUCAAAAUUGCCUUCUAGCUGACGAAUAG